AUGCUCUCUGGCUUCCUUUGGCUUCUUCUGGCCGUGUUUGGGGUCUACGCCGGCAUGAUAGGGCUCAUUUAUGGUCAGCCAUUGCAGGAGCGAGGCAUGCGGCACCUAUCCGUGAACCUAGGUUUGCCUUUCAGUGCCAGAGGCCUGGCGGGCGAGUUGGGUGCACCCUUGGCCUUGGCAGAGGCGUGCGACACAGAGUCCCUGCUGCGCGGCUGGGCCGCCGCGGUGCUGACCCGCCGCGCGUACGUCGCAACACUGCGGCUGCAAAGCUUGCUCUCGCAACCUACGGGAUCAGCCGGGAGGCCUCUUCACGAUCCGGUUUUGGCUCAGCAGAACUCAUUAGGUGGGCCGCUGACUCAGCAGACCCUCGAGUCCUUCAGGCUGUCCACAGGGCCGAGAGGUGCCUGGGUGAGUCUGGCGCGUACGGGUUGCCGCCGACAGCUGCAUCUUUUAGGUCUUUCUUGCUACGGCCCCGACCCGGAAGCACAACAUCUGCCUGCCUGGGGCGCUUCUGCAUCAUGCGCUGGCCACACGGCCGGCAGCCGCUUCAGCGAAGACGGUGCCGGCGGCCCAAAGAAGGCCGCUUUCCCAACACCGCUGUGUCCCGUCUACGUGGACCAU